ACUACAAAUACUGGAUUAUGUUAAAAAGAAGAGAUGUAUAGAGCAUUUGUAUGGUUGGCCCAGGGCAAAGAGUGUGUUUUAAUAGAGUGAGCCAGGGGAACUGAAGACAACCAAGGCAGGGCAUGUGUGCUGGGUGUCAUGGAUGACACUGCCAGCUCCAACACCUCUGUGGAAGACAGAACUGACUUUGGUGAAAAUCCCACCACUGAUGCCCUAUCAGAGGGAUUCCUAAACUCACUGAAGCCAGUAAUUGAUAGGAUAGACACUGGAGUUAAAGAAACACAAGACAGCCAGGAGGCUUUGGCCGCACUGCUUGAGUCGAUCGCCGAAGACUUUGCAAAGCUGGCGUCUGUGGCGCCAUCUCCGGUAGACAUCGAGGAGCACGUGAAGCGUCUGCACAGUGUCAAGCGACGCGUGGCUGUGACCAACAGCACCCUGCAGUCCGUUCAGGACCGACUGGCCCGGAUACGCAGCCAGGUUGCGCGUCAGAAGGCGGCUGCCCCUCCGCCGCCGGCGGCAGCAGCACCGCAGUGAGCCUCACCAUGCAGACACCCGACAUGUCGCACCUGACGGCCGCCGACUACGACCGCGUGUACGAGCCGGCCGAGGACAGCUUCCUGCUGCUGGACGCGCUGGAGGCCGACCUGGCGUGGCUGCGCGCGCGCGGGCCGCAGGUGGCGCUCGAGCUGGGCUGCGGCUCGGGCGUGGUGGUGACGGCGCUGGCCGCCGCGCUGCCCACCUGCCUCUGCUUCGGCUCCGACCUGAGCGCGAGCGCCUGCCGCGCCACCUGGCGCACGGCGCGCCGCAGCGGCGUCACCGUGCUGCCGGUGCGCUGCGACCUGGCGGCGGCGCUGGAGCCGCGGCUGGCCGGCCGGCUUGACCUGCUGCUCUUCAACCCGCCGUACGUGGUCACCGACACGGAGGAGGUGUGCAGUAGCGGCCAGCUGGCGGCCAGCUGGGCCGGCGGCCGGCGCGGCCGCGAGGUCACCGACCGCCUGCUGCCGCAGCUGCCGCACCUGUUGGCGCCCGGCGGCCUCUUCUACCUGGUGGCCAUCCGCGAGAACGACGUGGACGACCUGGAGCGCGUCAUGCGCCGGCUCGGCUUCGGCAUGACGCUGGUGCUGAGCCGGCGCGCCGGGCCCGAGCACCUCUCCGUGCUGCGGUUCGAGCGCGUGCCCCCCGAUGGCGACUGACGCCCCCACCUGGCUGUACCCUGAGGGCCGUCGCGCCCGUGGGCGGAGACCCCGGCUUUGCUCUGCAGCUGCCCCGUGCAGUAGGCCAGAUCUGUUUUGCCGUUGGAGUGAUUCGGCGUGUGGCUGCUUUGCUUGCUGCAGCUUUUUGUAUAAUGUAAGGUGCGAGGAUACUGUUUUACAUUCGCCUUAUAUGUGCGUUUUUUCAUGCCAUGUGCCUGAUUUGUUUACCAGGACAUUCAUGGGGGAGAAUAUUAGGUACGUGGGCGUGGGUCGAUGUAUUUUGACCUAGUCAGAGAUUGAUAAUGGUAUGCAGGAAGUCUCGCUAACUUUGAAACAUAAAUGUCUGUAGCAUUUCUUGGCUCAGGAUUUUCUAGAAGACUGACAAUUACGUUUGCCCAACUGGAACAUCUGGUGAAAUACAGCUCCCGAGUAUCA